AUGAAUAUCGUUGGUAUGAUGUCAACAUCAUCGUCUAAUACAAGUACUUUACCAUCAGUCACUUAUCAAUUAGGUGAACAACGUGGUAUACGUCGUCCUAAAUGUGCACGUUGUAGAAAUCAUGGAAUGAUAUCAUGGUUAAAAGGACAUAAACGUCAUUGUAAAUUUCGUGAUUGUGCAUGUGCUAAAUGUAUUCUUAUUGCUGAACGACAACGUGUUAUGGCUGCACAAGUUGCAUUAAAACGACAACAAGCAAGUGAAGAUGCUAUUGCAUUACGUGUUCGUUGUUUAUCACCAUUUAAUCAAUUACCACCUGGACCAGUUUGGGGUGCAGUAACAUCAUCAAAUGGUAGUCAUGAAGAUGAUGAUGAGGGUGACGAAGGUGAUCCAGCAUCAUCAUCAAAUUCUCCACGAAAUGACCAUGAAUCUAAUGUAUCAGAAUCUUCACCUAAAACAGGUAGUAGUCCAACAAGUUCAACAAAACGAAGUGCUGAUGAAGGCACAACAACAACAUCAAAUACUUCAGGUAUACAUUCAAAUGAAGAUUCAUCAGGUUCAAUUGCAGAUGAACAACAAACAAAUACAAUAUCACCACGUAGUAAAAUACGUCGACAAAAUAUGUCACAUGUUGAUAUACUUGAACGAGUUUUUCCAAUGCAAAAACGUUCCGUAUUAAUGGCAGCAUUAUCAACAUGUCAAGGAGAUUUAGCUAAAACAAUUGAUCAUUUUAUAACAUUAGGUGAUAAUAUUGUAUCAAUACAGAAUCAAUUACAAAGUGAGAUAACAACAUCAUCAUCAUCAAUAACACCAGCAUCAACAACAAAAUCGGCUUUUACACCAAUAACAACACCUCAUCAUCAUCAAAAAGGACCAUCAUUUGAUUUUCGUUCGUCCAUGUUUUUUCCUCCUCAAAUGAAUAAUUCAAUACAACGUGAAAAUCAUUUAUCAUUAUUACAACCACCACCACCAUUACCUCCCCCACAUCAAUAUGCUGGACUUUAUCCACCACCGCCACCUGUCAAUUUUCUUCAUCAUUUUGCUCAGACAAAUCCAGGAGCAUUUGCAGCAGCUUAUGAAAAACUUCUUAAACGUCAUCAACAAGAAACAGCCGCAGCACUAACAGCAGCAGCAGCCAAUAAAACAGAAGAUCGUUAA